AGGAUCUGGUAGAUAGAUUCAUUCUUAUAUAUUACUUUUUUAAAUGCAAGGAUAGUUGUAAAAUCAUAGGAAGAGUAACAUCUGUGUAGUGUUCCAGCUCUGUGUAAUGUUUUCAUUUGCUUCUUCAGGUAAAAUCCCAGAUGAAGCCAAAGCCCUUUCUCUAUUGGCACCUGCUCCUACUAUGACAAGUCUGAUGCCUGGUGCAGGGUUGCUUCCUAUACCUACACCAACCCCUUUGGCUACACUUGGUGUUUCACUUGGCACUUUGGGGACUAUACCAGCAGCGGCAUUGGAUUCUAACAUUACGGCACUGGGAGAAAUACCACAGCCACCAAUUAUGGGGAAUGUGGACCCAUCCAAAAUUGAUGAAAUCAGAAGAACAGUUUAUGUUGGAAACUUGAAUUCACAGACUACAACAGCAGACCAGCUGCUUGAAUUCUUUAAGCAAGUUGGAGAAGUCAAAUUUGUGCGAAUGGCAGGUGAUGAGACGCAACCAACACGAUUCGCUUUUGUGGAAUUUGCAGACCAAAAUUCUGUACCUCGAGCUCUUGCCUUUAAUGGAGUUAUGUUUGGAGACAGGCCACUCAAAAUAAAUCACUCCAAUAAUGCAAUAGUGAAGCCUCCUGAAAUGACACCACAAGCUGCUGCCAAAGAACUUGAGGAAGUGAUGAAGAGAGUAAGGGAGGCCCAGUCUUUCAUAUCUGCUGCUAUUGAGCCAGAGUCUGGAAAGAGCAAUGAAAGAAAAGGUGGUCGAACUCGUUCCCAUUCUCGUUCAGAAUCCAGGUAUAGCUCAAAAUCCCAAUCUAGAAGGAAAAGAUCACACUCAAAACACAGAAGUAGAUCUGGCAACAGAUCACUCUCAAGACACAAGGACAGAUGCAGAUCCAGAAGUCCUCUGAAAAAGCGGUCUAGAUCUAGGGAAAGGUGGAAAUCAAGAAGUUGCUCUCAUUCCCG